GCCCCCGCCUCCCGUCCCCGCUGGGUCUCGGGGUGCUGCUGCGGGCGACCGAUCGGCGCCCGGAGGCUCCUUCCCGGGUCAGCCGCCACGUCCAGGGUGUCGCGGGCAGCCCCCCGCAGGAGUGGCAGGGCCACUGACAGAAAUUGCAUUAUACCUACCAUUUCCUGACCAAGAGUACAAAUAACAAAAACACUAUGUCCAAUGAAGUUUUUAGCACAACACUGGCAUAUACAAAGAGUCCAAAAGUCACCAAAAGAACUACUUUUCAGGAUGAACUAAUAAAGGCAAUUACAGCUCGUUCAGCCAGACAGAGGAGUUCUGAGUACUCGGAUGAUUUCGACAGUGAUGAGAUUGUUUCCUUAGGUGACUUUUCUGACACCUCAGUUGAUGAAAAUUCAACUAAAAAGAAAAAUAAUGACUUCCACCUAUCAGAUGAAGAGAGAAAUUCUCCAAAACUGUCAUUUUUGAAAACCAAGAAAUCAAUUAGUGACAUAAUAAAAGAUGAGCCAAUACUUCCCAUCAAAAAUGAUGAGGAAACAGCCCCCGGUGGCUGUGAAGAUGGGGCUGUAAUUCCCUCACCUGAGUCGCAAAACAAAGAACAGGACAUUGAACAGGAGAAAAUUGAAAUGAAGCCGAAGCCGAGAAUUCUCUCCAUCCAAAACACACCCUCAGCAGAAAACAAUGGUGGUCUCGAAGCCAAUAACCACUUUAAGCCAUGCCCUCGGCCCAGGAGCAUGUUGAAGAAGCCUGGCCCCAGAGAUGAGAAAGAUGGACUCGGAGAAGACGGAGAAGCUGCCCUCGGAGAGGAGUCGGAGUCCCCUGCACCGUUGCCCCUCCCGAGGCUCGGUGGCAGGCUUCCAGAGGCGGAGAGGACCUCCUGCUCUGAAAACCUGGACACUGAGGAUUCAUGGUUAACAAGUCCAUCAUCAUCAUCUCUUAAAGAAAUUCUUGAAGAUUCUUUUGUACCAGGAUCUGAAGAAAAAGUAUCCAUAAAAGACCAACACGAAGAAUACACUGAAAAUCAUUCCGUGAAAUCAAGUGAAAAUGAGGAGAAUUCAUUUUUGGUAGAAGAUGAUACUGUAGCACUUGAGAAAUCUAAUGGAAGUCAAGUGACAUCUGAUGACCUUGAAGAAGAAAAGGAGAAAACUGAAUUGAUUACAACUGCUGAAGACUUAACAGUGGAUACAACACUGUCCAAAUCACAGAGUACAUCACUGUCUACCAAUGCAACAGAAUCUGCAAAAAAAAAAAUUGAAGAUAGAAAUAUGAAGACUAAAAAGUCAACUAAUAAUAGAGCAUCCAGUGCAACGGCCAGAUUAAUGACCUCUGAGUUUUCAAAGAAAUCUGGUGCAAUAAGGAGAAGUCCAUCAGCAACUUCCUCUUCUCACUACUUAGGAACUCUGAAAGUCUUGGACCAGAAGCCGUCACAGAAACACAACAUAGAACCCGACAAAGCAGAUAGUAUCAGGGCAGCUGUUUAUCAGGAGUGGCUAGAAAAGAAAAAUGUGUAUUUACAUGAGAUGCACAGAAUUAAAAGGAUUGAAAGUGAAAACUUAAGGAUUCAAAAUGAGCAGAAAAGAGCUGCAAAGCGAGAAGAAGCAUUGGCAUCCUUUGAAGCUUGGAAGGCCAUGAAAGAAAAGGAAGCAAAGAAACUAGCGGCCCAAAAACGGCUUGAGGAGAAAAACAAAAAGAAAACUGAAGAAGAAAAUGCAGCGAGGAAAGGAGAAGCUCUCCAGGCUUUUGAAAAAUGGAAAGAGAAAAAGAUGGAAUAUCUCAAAGAGAAGACUAAAAAGGAGAAGGAAUACGAAAGAGCAAAGAAACUGAAAGAGCAGGAGACUGUCGCGGAGAAAAGGAAAGACAACUUAACUGCCUUUGAGAAAUGGAAUGAAAAAAAGGAAGCUUUUUUCAAGGAAAAAGAAAAAGAGAAAAUAAAUGAGAAAAAAAAGGAAGAACUGAAAAAAGCUGAGAAAAAAGAUAAAGAUAAACAAGCUAUAGAUCAAUAUGAAAAAUGGCUGGAGAAGAAAGAAAGGCAGGAAAGAAUUGAACGAAGACAGAAGAAACGCCAUCCCUUUAUUGAGAACGGGGCACACCCUCCAUGGAGCCCUCCAAACAGAACUGUGUUCUCCAGAGUAUUCUGAUCAUUCGUAAUUACAGUGCUACUUAGUUAUUUAACAACUCACCAGUUGAAGCCAUGGGUUUUUAAACUGCUUGUUAUUUAUGGUUAGAGGAGUAUUUUAAUGAAGUGCUAGUGCUAAUAGUGAUGACAAAAAUGAAAAAUACUUUUAAAUUUAAUCACUGAAAACAUUAUCAUCAUCAUCAUCAUCAUUAUUAUUAUUAUUACUAUUAUUAUUGUGCAAGGAAUCUUUAGGGCCUCACACAUGAAGCAUGUGCUCUCCUGUUGCACCACAUCCCCAGCCCUGUGAAUGUAUGUUUUUUUUAUUUGGGGGCCACAACUGGUGAUGCUCAGGGACUAUUCCUGUCUCAGUGCUCAGGAGUCAUUCCUGGCAGUGCUUGGGGAACCGUGUAGUAUCAGGGGUUAAGCCCAGGCCUUCUGCAUUCAAAUACAUGUUCCAGCCCAUUGAUUUAUCUCUCUGACCCCUGAGAGCACUUUUUAAACACAGAAAAACUGCCUCAAAUGGAAACCUGACAAUCAUAUCAAAUCGCUUUUAG